GAAUCAACAAAUAGCAAAGAGUUCAUAGCAAAUCAAAAUUAAAACAGAGCAAAUUUAAAACAGAGUAAAAGAAGUGAAGCAAUGUCUCUGAUUCCGAGCAUUUUUGGAGGUCGAAGGACCAACGUGUUCGAUCCAUUGUCACUCGACGUAUGGGAUCCUUUUGAGGGAUUCUUGACGCCAUCAGGUGUUGCAAACGCACCGGCUAAGGACGUGGCAGCGUUCACAAACGCUAAAGUGGAUUGGAGGGAGACACCUGAGGCGCACGUGUUCAAGGCGGACUUGCCGGGGUUGAAGAAGGAAGAGGUGAAGGUGGAGGUUGAAGAUGGCAAUAUACUUCAGAUAAGCGGAGAGAGGAGUAGUGAGAGUGAAGAGAAGAGUGACAAGUGGCACCGUGUGGAGAGGUCAAGUGGGAAGUUCAUGAGGAGGUUUAGGUUGCCGGAGAAUGCGAAGAUGGAAGAAGUGAAGGCGAGUAUGGAGAAUGGUGUGUUGUCGGUUACGGUGCCGAAAGUGCCGGAGAAGAAGCCUGAGGUCAAGUCCAUAGAUAUCUCCGGUUAACAGGAGAAGUUGAAUUUGAAAAGGUGAAGAAAACAAAAUGUGUGAUGUGUGAGAUAAAUGGUGUGAUUAUCCUUUCUCUUUUUCGUUUAUCUUACUUAUCUUGUAAUAAUGAAUAUGGUUGUAUCAAUAAGUAAAUUUUAGUGAGAGAAUGUUUUGAUAUAUAGAUGCUCAA